AUUAACACCCAAGCACAAAAUCAUCUCAAAAAUGAAAUUGAAAUCUGUGGCAUCCCCGAAUGUCCCAAUGAGAAUGCAACCCAUUUAGCCUUGCUUUUAGCGAAGAAAAUCGGUGUGGAAGUUUCAGACCAAGAUAUAGACUGGACCUCACGGGCGGGCCCGCGUGUUUUGUCGGCUGUGAACGCCACGGGAAACGCGAGAAAGUAUCCUCGUCCGAUCGUCGUACGUUUACUGCGGCGGUCUAAGAGGGACGAAUUUCUCAAAGCAUCCAAAUCACGCCGAAAUAUCACUAGCACCGACUUGAACCUACCCGGACCGGCACAGAAAGUCUUUAUAAACGAGCGGCUUACGCAGAGAAACAGACUGUUAUUUCGUGAGUGCCGCAUACAAACAAAACAAUUGGGAUACGAAUUCUGCUGGUGCAAUAACGGGACUAUCUACGUACGAGCACGCGAAGGAAAAUCUGCUAGUGCUAUCCGCAAUCAUGAAGAUCUGGAACGACUUACCAAUAAACCCAAAACAACAUCCAAUAAUACAACAUUAUUAUAAACUUUUUUAUAGGUACAAUUUUCAUGUAGUGUGCGGGUAUCCUUAUGUUUCUACAUGUUAUUUCAGAUCACUGCGGAAGAAAAGUAAUCUUUGUUAUGAUAUAUAUACAAAUUACUGUAAAAAGCAAAACAACUUGUCAUUGUAUAACAAAAUAACAGUCAAUAAUUUAAAUAAUAACAAUUAUUAUUAUUGGUGUAGGUUUGUCAUUGCUACUCUUGCAAGAUACUCGUACCUCUUAUUAUUGUUUGGAAAACUGUAUUUCCUGGCAAAACCUAAACUAGUGCUGGUUCUUAUAACAUUAUAUGUACUGGAAAAUAUUAGAAUAAUUAGGUUUGUCGCUAAAUUCUGGUUUUUUAAUUUUAUGAAAUUAUUAUUGAAUGUCUUAUUACUUUAUGUUUUUAGUAUUAUAUCAGUGUUACUCAAAGAUACAAUUAGUAUAAGAUUGUCAGUUACUUCGCUAUUUAAUAUUACUAAUGUUAAUAAUAAGUUACAUACAGGGCAUCCCUACACACAUAUCUACAUAUACGGCUAUAAUACCCAAAGACUUACAUUUAAGAAUAAUACUUUAAAUACUCAGUUAAUAUUACAUUUUAUGCAAUCUAAACAAAUACAAAAAAACUAUGGUAAAACUAAGUUACUAAGUUUUGUUAUACUAUUGCUUUAUAUUUUGCAUUUAUUAUUGACAUACUGCUGUGAUUUAGGCACCAAAACCUGUAGGAAAAUUGUUAUAGAAUACUUAAGGCACUAUUUAAACCACUUAUUAAAAAUUAUUACAAUAUUUUAUGAUAAAACUGAAUUGAUAAGUUUUAUUACUCUAAUGAUACUUUAUGUUCUA